CGGGAUUGGCGCGUAUUUCACCAAAGCAUGGGAAUGAGUCGUCUAAUCGGCUGAAUGUGGUUUUUUUGGUGGUUUUUUUUUUCCCCCCCUUCCAGGGUCGUUCUGCAUACCCAUGGCCCGACCCAGUCCUCCGGGAAUUAAGCGGGAAUUAAGCGGAAAUGCGCCGGUCCUACUUAGGUCAAACCAUCGUCACACCCAGUUCAUUGAGUUUUCGAUUUCUAGUCAAAGCCAACUGUAAUUCGACAAUGGUGCCGACUAGCACGACGGAUGACGAAUGGCCGAGCUGGAAACUGUCUUGGCUGCUGCCCUCUAGCGCCGAUUUGGACAUAUUUGAAGCAGAUUCUUGGUACCAUUCAGCAGAGAGAAGAGCAAAUAAAUCCCUUAUCCUCUAGAACUAGAUAUCUGUGAAUCGCGAUCCUUGCUUGCCUUGGCUGCGGAGCAAGCGUCGGUGCGCCUAUUUAUUUACACAGGAAGUCGGGAACUAGACUAACGUUUUAUCUGUGAUAUCCGCUACCAAAGUACCUCUCCAUCUCCAUCUUAUUCCCGCCGCCUGGGCCUCUUUAUCCUUACCGACUUGUCAAAACAUCGUGGACCCUUAUUUUGAUUAAAUCCCCCCCAUGCUCUACUUCCCCGUUCUUCCCCGUCAAAGUGGACCGGACCAUUGAAUAUUCUUCGCUUGAAUCCCCGCGAGAACAUUUUCUGAGAGGCUUAUAUCCUCUACUUCACCCCCAUCCUCGUCUCUCUGCCUCUUCUAGCUUGCUUUGUUUCUUGUCCAACUUAUGCCUCUCCCACACUUUCAACCCCACCCGGCGUCAGGUUACGAUAUGCGUUAACAAAUUUACAUCGUGCGCAAGAACGAGUAAAUUACACAAGGGGGGGAGUCUACCCCGAUUUUGUUGUCUGUAAUGACCUCGACAGGGGCGCGGGAGAAUAUCUCGACAGACGAAAAUGGCGCUUUUGACGUUGAGACUUCAACAGCUAAUGGCAGCAUGAAGAGGGACGAGCCCAGCCAACCGCCUAAGACUCCCGCUGUGUCAAGGCCUAAUGAGGACACCGAGAUAUUGUACUCAUAUCUUACGUUCGACACGCCUCUGCCCGUUGUCAACACCAGACCGGAACGAGAAGACCAGCCGCCCCCUCCACCGCAGCCAGACUUAUCUCGCUUCAGCAACCCAAUUUACUGGCCACAGCACCGCAAGAAUGUCUUGCUCGCCUUGUCUUGCAUUGCCACCUUUUUGACGGCUUACACGGCGGGGUCAUACUCACCGCCAGCUCGCACGAUAGCCAGAGACCUUGAUAACGGUACAGCGUCGCACCUAGGGGUCUUGGCAGGCAUUUCAACCUUUUGUUUGGGAUUUGCCCUUGCGCCUAUGGUUCUCGCCCCCGUGUCUGAGAUCAAUGGUCGCUACCCGGUCUUCAUCGUCGCCAACGUGGUCUUUACAAUCUUCCAAGCCGCCUGCGGCGCUGUCAACUCAUUGGCAGGCAUGCUGCUCUGUCGGUUCGGAACGGGCGUUGGCGGCUCCGUAUUCAGUAGCAUGGUGGGUGGUGUAAUUGCGGACCUUUGGGACGCCGAGGGGCGCAACACGCCCAUGACCCUAUUUUCUUGUGCUGUGCUUUUGGGCACCGGCAUCGGUCCAAUGGUUGGGGCUUCGUCGUUCUUCACCAUGGAGGGCAAGGGGAUGUGGCGAUGGGUCUUCUAUCAUCAAGCUAUCGCUUCGGCUGUUCUCAUGAUUGUGUUUGCUAUUUGCUUCAAAGAGAGUCGGGGGCCGGUGCUGUUGUCUCGUAAAGCAAAGGCGCUGAACAAGUGGUAUGAAGAGAUGGAAGCCAACGGUUAUUAUGGUGCUUGGGUGGACGACAAGUUUGCGCAGCAGAGCUCGUUUGUACCCGUGGGCAGCUCAGGGUCCGAGGCGGCCACAAUCGCUGAUACACCGGAUCAGACACCGCAGGACAGCGACAGCUAUGAUGAAGAGAAGGGCGGCCCAUCAGGCCGAAACUCAUCGACGUCACCCCCAACUGCCCUUCGAAGAAUUCGAUGGCGGGUCAAGUCCGAUGAGGAACGUACCUCUAUGGUCAAGAUGAUGUCCGUCUCGGUGUCGCGGCCAUUCCACCUGCUCUUCACCGAGCCCGUCGUCUUCUGGUUUGCGCUGUGGGUGUCAUUCGCAUGGGCAGUUCUCUAUCUCACGUUUGGCUGCAUUCCCCUCGUCUUCACCACAAUCUACGGCUGGAGCAUGGACGCCUCGGGCCGCAUCUUUGUUGCCAUGUGCGUGGGUUCCAUCAUCGCCACCGCCGUGAGCAUCUACCAAGAGCGCCUCUUGUAUCACCCAAAGUGGAACGCCGACUCGGGCGUUGACCCGGCGACGCUGUCCCGGUGGUGGCUGUUCCUCCGCCGACGCUUCCCUACCAACGUGCCCGAGUCGCGCCUCUACUUCACCUGCAUCACUGCCGCCCUCCUCCCCAUAGGCCUGUUUGCCUUUGGCCUGUCGUCCCGCGCCGACCUGCACUGGAUCGGUCCGGCCGCGUCGAUCGCCGUCGCCACCGUCGGCAUCCUGGCCGUCUAUCUGGCCUCGUUCAACUACCUCGCGGACGUAUACCAGCAGUACGCCUCGUCGGCCAUCGCGGCCCAGAGCUGCUGCCGGAACCUGAUGGGCGGAGCGUUCCCGCUCGUCACGGGCCUGCUGUUUCGGAACCUGGGCCCCGCCAACGCCAGCGUUCUGCUCGGCUGCAUCGCCGCGGCCCUCACCUUGGUGCCCUGGAUUUUGGUGGCGUAUGGUGAGCGGAUUCGGGCGAGGAGUCGAUUUGCAAUGUCUUUGGAUAAGAUCUGAGGUUUUGUACUGGGAAGGCAAUCGAUGUUUAGCCAAGCGAAUAUAGUAACCCACAG